AUGGCUAACUACGAUGGAAGUCAUAAUUACCCCUAUUGCUGGGGGUUCACCAUCUUUCGCACCGCUUACGGAUCCGAUGAGGCGUUUACGAAGGCCAUUGAGCGGCUCAACAUAUAUGCCAAAGCCUGGGUUUACAGUGACCUCGCUCGCAUGCCAAGAGAAGAGCCCAAAGACCCUCUGCCUGUCCAGGAGCUUUGGAACCGAUAUUAUAGCGAGAUCAUAGAGGACCCGGCACUAUCUGGCGCAGAUGUGGAGGAGGUUGGGAGACGAUUCGAUGCCUGGGUCAAAGAACAUUUCGACUCUACCGGCAAACGCGACGUUCCUAAUGCCCGUUUUAGAUUCUGCUUGAUGCUUGAUCAGCAGAGUAUCGAUACAAUUCUGGCUAUGCCUGAGGACCCGAAAUCCCUUUGUGACGAUCCACCCAAAGACAAGCGUUGGAUCAAACUCGUCACUGGAGAGCAAUGGGCUGACCGAGGAUGGCCGAAUCGCGGUAGACUAUGGGGUCGUGCAGGAAUACCAGAAUUCUGGCCAAUGUGGUUCGCCAUAGAGGAUCCAGACUUUAUCUACGAGGAACGAGGAUGGGCUGAAGACCAGUGGUCCGAGACUGACGGGGCUCUGAACUUUUGGGGUAUUCCAGGCAUUGACUGGUAG